AUGCAAUGUUUACAUUCUCCUCCUCUCACAUUAACUUCCCCUAACAUUCCCAAAUCACAACUCGACUCCACAUUUAGCUUCUCCCCACCUGAAAACCCCUUCUCCCAUGCACUCCUCACGCUGCGUGCAUGCGCCGCCGCCAAGCCCGAGGACGCCAAAACGGGCCCUUCUGCUCACGCUCGCAUGGUCAAGUCCGGCCUCGACGCCGACGUCUUUAUCGGCAACUCCCUCAUCGAUAUGUACUCUAAGAUUGACAGGUUGGAUGAUGCCCGCAACGUGUUCGAUUAUAUGCCCCAAAGGACUGUUGUCUCGUGGACUUCCAUCAUGUCGGCCUACAACCGACACGGGCUUCCCCACGAGACGAUUCUACUGUUUUCGCGAAUGCUCGAGUGCGAAAAUGUACAGCCGAACGAGUUCACACUUGCCGUGCUCUUACAGGCAUGCGCUUUGAGAUGUGAUGGGGAUUUAGUUGAGAUUGUUCAGUGUCGUGUGGUGAAAACGGGUUUUUUAGCAGACGGGUUCCUGCAGAAUUCGUUGGUAGACGCGUUCGUUAAGUCAGGGAUGUUGGCUGGGGCGGAAAAACUCGUGCUGGGGAUGGCUAAACGGGACGUGGUCUCGUGGACUUCGGUUAUUUCCGGUUGGGUGUCAUCACGUGGGAAUAAAGCUGAACGGGCGGUGGAAUUGUUCUGUCGCAUGCUUGAAUACGGAGUUUCGCCUAAUGAUGUUACGAUGGUGGCCGUUCUGAAGGCGUGCUCGGUUAUUGGCAGCUUUGAAAUUAUGCGGUGGGUUCAUGGGUUGGUCGUGAAAGGAAAUUGGUGUGUGAAUUCUUUGGUGUUGAAUUCGCUUAUGGAGAUGUACUCUGUCAACGAGUACUUAUUCGAAAGCGUGAAUACCUUUUGCCGAUUUUCUUUUAAUAAAGAUGGUCGGUAUCCCUGUGUUGAAACCAUGGCGAACCUUCUGCAGGGUUGUGGGAUUUAUGGAGAAUUGAAGCUAGGGGAAGAGAUUCACGGGUUCCUCAUCAAACACGGUUUUCUCCCAUGUACCGUUGUGGAAAAUUCGCUCAUCAAUAUGUACGCGAAAAACGGACUCACAAACUCUGCUUUGUUAAUCUUCAUGAAAAUGGUUGAUCGAGACAUUAUCUCCUGGAACACGAUUAUGAAUUGCCUCGUGAAAAAUGGUGACCCGUCUCGCGCGUUGACCCUUCUCCGUCAAAUUCACCGGGAAGCUGGCAAUUUGAGGAUAACCGAGCGGGUGGCGAAGGAGCUUUCGGCUUUGGAACCCGAGAGCGGCGCGUGGAGAGUAGCGCUUUCGAACGCGUUUGCAGCUGCCGGAGAGUGGCGCCAUGUGGCAGCAAUCAGGGCGGAGAUGAGGGAGUCGGGCUGGGGGAAGGAAGGGGGGUGGAGCAGCGUGAAUGUGGACGGGUUUGAGUUCAGGUUCAUGGCAGGGAAGACCGAGUGUCUCGAGAGCCGGGUGAUUUAUGACGUCGUUGGUCGGUUGGGAAAUCACGUGAGGGACGCGUGA